ACAAUCAUAUUCAUAAAUAAUAUUCAAAUUACAUUUGAACUAUUUGCUUUUUAUUUAACGUCUAUACGUUUAUAUGGUUGCAAUAUUAUUAUUACAUAUUAAAACAACUUUCAUUCACAUAUAGAUAUAAUUAUAUAUGUUGAGAGCAUUAUGUUUUCGGACUGUUGUAAAAAAAUAUCUCAAGCGGGAUUAGGUUGACGCAAACACGACACAUAACCUGGAUAAUACUAUAAUUAAGUAAGUGGUAAAAAACACAACAUGGUCGUCAACAGAACAGUGACCUAUUCAGUUCAUUGACAUUUUUAUUUGUUCAUUGAUGUAGUAUGUAUGGCUUCGGUUGGCCAAAGAACAAAGUCUAAUAAAAAAGAUAUUAGGAUUAAAAAACUAUCGCAAACAUAUACAACGAAAUAUUUUCCGUCGAUAAUAAGUAAAUUCCCAUAAAUUUACCGUGUCAUAGUUUGAUAUAGCAUUUUAUUACAUUUUGUGUCGAAGAACGUAUGCUGCCUAUUAUGAAAAGUUGCAUCGUUAUUUUCGUGCUUGUGUUAACAGCAGCAUCAUGGGCUAUGCCAGAUAUACUUCAGCCUGUGGUCGAUGAAAUAGGAGAGGUGCUUCCGGCUGAACUUGACCCAAAUUUACCACGAGGAGGUUCAGCUGUACAGUCGGUAGCUCGUGGAGCGAGUUCUAAUGUCGGUGGGUCGCACACGUCAACCAGGACAUGCCCAGCUACUUGGGGAGAUUCGAAACAUCCUACCUGUUCGACGACUGUUUGUACGAUUAAGUCAUGCACUGCGGUAAUAUACAGCGGAUAUUACUGCGGAUUGGAAUUUCAAUUAGAAAGACCGCUUUCGGUUCGCGGAGAAUCAUGCGGUGUUGAAAACUUAUCGUGUGGAAAGAAAUGGUGGCGACCAUGUUUAUGCAAGUCUAAAACCUGUUGGUUCGAGUCUAAACGAAACAUCAAACACUCCGGCAAGUUAUAUUCAGUCGAUGUGUGGAUAAAGCGUCCAUGUGGAUGUGAAUGCCGUGGAAAGGAGAAAAACAAGCCGAAUAUUCGUUUACCUUUCGGUGGUUUCAAUUUCCGUAUUCCGUGAUAUAGCUGAGAUGUAUUCUCCUUGCGACUAGACUGGCAUGAUUUGUAAUGCUAUUGAGAGUUUAAAACAACAACUAGAUCAUAGUAAUAGUGAAUGUUCUUUUGUGCUUUGUUACUUACAGGGUUAAUAAAGAUUUUGGUCCAUAAA